AUUUUGGGGGGAUUUGCUCUGGGCAGUUGCUUUGCCCAGUAGUUGAAAAGUGAACUCGACUCGUGAUGGUUCUCCUGUCACUUUGGUUGAUAGCAGCCGCUCUGGUAGAGGUUAGGACUUCAGCUGAUGGACAAGCUGGUAAUGAAGAAAUGGUGCAAAUAGAUUUACCAGUAAAGAGACAUAGAGAGUAUGAGCUGGUGACUCCAGUCAGCACAAAUCUAGAAGGACAUUAUCUCUCCCAUAUUCUUUCUGCAAAUCACAAAAAGAGGUCAACAAGGGACGUGUCUUCCAACCCUGAGCAACUGUUCUUUAACAUCACAGCAUUUGGAAGAGAUUUUCAUCUGCGACUAAAGCCUAACACUCAACUUAUAGCUCCUGGGGCUGUUGUGGAAUGGCAUGAGACAUCUCUGAUGCCUGGGAAUAUAACCGACCCCAUAAAUAAGCAUCAACCUGGAAGUGCUUCAGAAAGAAUCUGGAGAAAAGAGCCUUUGCAGACUAACUGUGCUUAUGUUGGUGACAUCAUGGGCGUCCCAGGAACCUCUGUUGCCAUUAGCAACUGUGAUGGUCUGGCUGGAAUGAUAAAAAGUGAGAAUGAAGAAUAUUUCAUUGAGCCUUUGGAAAGAGGUAAGCAGAUGGAAGAAGAAAAAGGAAGGAUUCAUGUUGUCUACAAGAGAUCAGCAGUAGAGCGGGCGCCCAUAGACAUGUCCAAAGACUUCCACCAUUACAGAGAGUCGGAUCUGGAAGGCCUCGAUGACCUAGGUACACUUUACAGCCACAUUGACCAACAGCUGAAUGAAACAAUGAGGCGCCGCAGACACGCUGGAGAGAACGAUUACAACAUCGAGGUGCUGCUGGGAGUGGAUGACUCCGUGGUCCGUUUCCAUGGCAAAGAGCAUGUUCAAAACUACCUCCUCACCCUGAUGAACAUUGUGAAUGAAAUUUACCAUGAUGAGUCCCUUGGAGUACACAUGAAUGUGGCCCUAGUACGCAUGAUAAUGCUGGGCUAUGCAAAGUCCAUCAGUCUCAUAGAAAGGGGAAACCCAUACAGGAGCUUAGAGAAUGUGUGUCGCUGGGCUUACCAACAACAAAAAUCUGAUCCCAACCACCCUGAGCACCAUGAUCAUGCAAUUUUCUUAACCAGACAAGACUUUGGACCUGCUGGAAUGCAAGGAUAUGCUCCAGUCACGGGCAUGUGUCAUCCAGUGAGAAGUUGUACCCUGAAUCAUGAGGAUGGUUUUUCAUCUGCUUUUGUAGUAGCCCAUGAAACUGGCCAUGUGUUGGGAAUGGAGCAUGAUGGACAAGGCAACAGGUGUGGGGACGAAACUGCUAUGGGCAGUGUCAUGGCUCCCUUAGUACAAGCGGCAUUUCAUCGUUACCACUGGUCCCGAUGCAGUGGUCAAGAAUUGAAAAGAUACAUCCACUCCUAUGAUUGUCUCCUUGAUGACCCUUUUGAACAUGAUUGGCCCAAACUCCCAGAACUUCCUGGAAUAAAUUACUCUAUGGAUGAGCAAUGCCGUUUUGAUUUUGGUGUUGGUUACAAAAUGUGCACUGCGUUCCGAACCUUUGACCCGUGUAAACAGCUCUGGUGCAGCCAUCCUGAUAACCCCUACUUUUGUAAGACUAAAAAGGGACCCCCACUUGAUGGGACUGAAUGUGCUGCUGGAAAAUGGUGCUAUAAGGGUCAUUGCAUGUGGAAGAAUGCUAAUCAACAAAAACAAGACGGUAAUUGGGGAUCAUGGACAAAAUUUGGCUCCUGUUCGCGGACAUGUGGAACUGGUGUUCGUUUCCGAACCCGCCAGUGCAAUAAUCCCAUGCCCAUCAAUGGUGGUCAGGAUUGUCCUGGUGUUAAUUUUGAGUAUCAGCUUUGUAAUACAGAAGAAUGCCAAAAACACUUUGAGGACUUCAGAGCGCAGCAGUGCCAGCAGCGUAACUCCCACUUUGAAUUCCAGAAUACCAAACACCACUGGUUGCCAUAUGAACAUCCUGACUCCAAGAAAAGAUGCCACCUUUACUGUCAGUCUAGAGAGACUGGAGAUGUUGCUUACAUGAAACAGCUGGUACACGACGGAACUCGCUGUUCUUACAAGGACCCAUACAGCAUAUGCGUGCGAGGAGAGUGUGUGAAAGUGGGCUGUGAUAAAGAGAUUGGUUCCAACAAGGUUGAGGAUAAAUGUGGUGUCUGUGGAGGAGAUAAUUCCCAUUGUCGAACUGUGAAGGGGACAUUUACCAGAACUCCCAGGAAGCUCGGGAAGACAAGAGGCGCUUUCACCUUACCCAGAGGAGCUCGUAAUAUUUCUCUUGCUGAAACAAGAGAAGCUAAAAAUGUACUGGCAAUUAAGAAUCAGGCUACAGGCCACUACAUUUUAAAUGGCAAAGGGGAGGAAGCCAAGUCACGAACCUUCAUAGAUCUUGGUGUGGAGUGGGAUUAUAACAUCGAAGAUGACAUUGAAACUCUUCACACUGAUGGACCCUUACAUGAUCCCGUUAUUGUUUUGAUUAUACCUCAGGAGAAUGAUACCCGCUCUAGCCUGACAUAUAAGUAUAUCAUCCAUGAGGACUCUGUACCUACAAUCAACAGCAACAACGUCAUCCAGGAAGAACUGGAUACUUUUGAGUGGGCUCUGAAGAGUUGGUCUCAGUGUUCCAAACUCUGUGGUGGAGGUUUCCAGUACACUAAAUACGGAUGCCGUAGGAAAAGCGAUAAUAAGAUGGUUCAUCGUAGCUUCUGUGAGGUCAAUAAAAAGCCAAAACCUAUUAGACGAAUGUGUAAUAUUCAAGAGUGUACACAUCCGCUCUGGAUAGCUGAGGAGUGGGAACACUGCACCAAAACCUGUGGCAGUUCCGGCUACCAGCUUCGCACGGUGCGCUGCCUUCAGCCACUCCAUGAUGGCACCAACCGCUCUGUACACAGCAAGUACUGCGUGGGUGACCGUCCUGAGAGCCGCCGGCCCUGUAAUAGAGUACCCUGUCCAGCCCAGUGGAAAACAGGGCCCUGGAAUGAGUGUUCAGUGACCUGCGGUGAAGGAACAGAGGUGAGGCAGGUCCUGUGCAAGGCUGGAGACCACUGCGACGGUGAAAAGCCGGAGUCCGUCAGAGCCUGUCAGCUGCCUCCCUGUAAUGAUGAGCCCUGUCUGGGAGACAAGUCCAUAUUCUGUCAGAUGGAAGUGCUGGCACGAUACUGCUCCAUCCCAGGUUAUAACAAGCUCUGUUGCGAGUCAUGUAGCAAGCGCAGCAGUACCCCGCCACCACUAGAAGCUGCUGAAGCUCAUGAUGAUGCAGUCUUCAGUCCCAGUGAUCUCCCUGGAUCUCUAGUGAUGCCUACACCUUUCAUCCCUUACUAUCCAGAGACUCCUGCUGAGAAAAAGUCUUUGAGUAGCAUCUCUGCAGUGGGGAGUCCAAAUGCAUAUGCUGCUUUCAGGCUGAACAGUGAAACUGAUGGUGCUAACUUACCCCAAAGGAGAGCUCAGCAAACCAGAAGUAAGACAUUGAGCCUGGUCUCAAUACCGCCCUCCUCACCCACCAAGAGUGGCCACCUCCAUUCUGCUUCACAGAGGGCGGCCGCUUCCUUCCUGGCAGUCAGUGAUUCAAUAGGUGCCUCUUCUCAGGCAAGAACCUCAAAGAAAGAUGAAAAGAUUAUUAACAAGAGACAUCUGAUAAGAUCAUCCACCUUAGAAAGAUGAAGAAGUGAAAUUUUAAUGGUAGAAAUCAGAGGGAAACCUGGACAACUUCCCUCUCCACAUGGUGCAUACAACUUAGUGAAAAUCUCCAUAGCUCGCCAAUUCAUUUUAUCCAUAAGUGAAAGAACAAAAAGUGCUGGUUCACUUUUCUAGUUGCUUUCAUCCUCCUCCUGUUCUGCAUUGACUCAUUCACCAGAAUUCGUUGGAAGAAAGCACCAAAGAUUACUAACGGGGAAAAUAGGUUGCUAUGUGUGUUGGUCACUCUCUAAUGAAGAAAAGGGACUGGAAUCAAUGGUGCAUAUCAGCUGGAUUUUUGUUUUAAAAAGUUACAGUAAACAUUUUAAAAAGAGAUGCCAACAGUUUACACUUCAAGAAAUUUUGGAAAUGGAGCAGAGAAUUCAUAGACUUGUAUUCCUAUUUAUCUAUAUUAGAAAUAUUGUAUGAGCAAAUUUGCAGCUGUUGUGUAAAUACUGUAUAUUGCAGAAAUCAGUAUUAUUUUAAGAGAUGUUCUCAAAUGAUUGUUUACUAUCUUACAUUUCUGGAUGUUCUAGGUGCCUGUCAUAGAGUAUUGCCUUAUUUUACAUUCCAUAGAUUGACUUUCAAGGCAGAAUGUUGAGAAGUUAGAAUCAUAGCUACCGACAAUAUAAGAGGUUUUGUUGUAUGGCUUUUGUUGAAUCAAUAAUGUGAUAUCUAAAUUAUAGAAAAAGAAAAAAACAGAAGCUUCAGACUUGUAAGUCUUGCUUUACCUAUUGCCUUCCAUCCUGUAAUUAAAAGGAAUUAGGAGUGGUGUCAGAGUACACUUUUGGUCACAGAGAACAGUGAAUGAGCAAGAUAAAGUCAAAACCCUCUUGCCAGGACCUCUUUAAGCACCAUUGAGGUGUCCUGUGUUCUUAUGUUGUUUAAUUUCCUAGUGUUGGUAUACAAACAGUUAUACUUGAUGUACUAUAUUAAUCACAAAGAAAAAAGGUUCUGGAAAGAUCUGUGUGUUGGUAGCUGAGAAAAUACCAUCAAACUUGAAUUGAUCCUCAAGGAUAGUACUGCCUUGGAAGGUUCAAGAAAGCAUUUGUCAAUGGUUAAGAUAUUUAUUUUCUGCAUGGUUCAUAUCCAAAUGUUCACAACCACAAUGCAUCUGACUGCAAUAAUGUACUAGUAAUUUAUGUCAGUGAUCACCUUGCUCACAGCAAAGCCAGAAAUGCUCUCUCCAGGGAGUAGAUGUAAAGUACUUGUAUAUAGAAUUCAGAACCGAAGAUAUUUAUUAAAAGUUGAUUUGUUUUCUUGAUAGUAUUUUUAUGUACUAAAUAUUUACGCUAAUAUCAAUGAUAUUUCGUAAACUAGAGAGAUAAUUAGCAUGCAUUUGUUUUGUGCAUAGAAAAGAAAUUUAAGCAAACUACCACAGCCAAUGCAAAAAGCUAAAACUGAACAAAUUUGAUGUACAAAUUUUGCAUUUUUAAAAUAGUUCAUAUAGAGCUGAUGACUUAUUCCCGUUCAAAGAAAUAGUGAAUUAGUUACUUCAGGAAUGUAUUCUCAGCAUAAUGUUUUUGAGGUCAGUACAUCAACUGCCUAAAAGCACAUUAUGCAAAUUAAAAUACAGAUAUGCUAACCUCUCAAAGCACAGAAUGUGCAAAGACUUCUGCAUUUUAACUGUUGUAAAAUAACAGCCGAAGCCAUUGACUCUAUACCUCUAAAGAAUCGCUGCUACUUUGUGCAAGAAUUUUAAAGGAGAGUUCCAGACAGAUAGUAAAAUAAUCCCCUGGCCUUAAAUAGAAAUCAUUUUUUAUUUUCCCUAAGAGUUUCCCUGGAAUGAAAUUCUCUCUAGUUUACUUGCGUGUGCAUAUGUCUUGUCCACAGGGAAUAUACAGAUGGUCACACACAUACACCUCUCAUAAAGAUGUACAUAUUCAUUAUACUUCUGAGCUUCCUUUUCUACUAAGCUAAAAAUUUCUUUUUAUUAAAGUGUACACUACUGAUGCUGUUUGUUGUAUUGGGAACACACAUAGCAAUAAAAAAAAAAUGUCAACACAGA